CUGACACUCUAUACCGGAAGUGAUUUUACUCUUGGCUAACGACGCUAAGGAUUAAUGCGAGACGGCCGAACCACGAGCGUCUUCUUAUUGGAAAUAAUCAAUAGAUAUAUUGGAAUAUUUCGAGUUUCUAUAACAAAUGUACGUCGUUUUGUGCUCGAUCCUCCGUUAUGGUGACUGCUGCUCGCUCUUCUGGAGGUUUUAAUUGGUGAAAAAGGUCGAUUUGUCGCCUCCCCAGAUGUGGCCGCCGCCUCUUCUGAGACUUCUGUUCAUGAACGGCGAGGAUGCUCUGAUCAGGCGGCUGAGGCUCGGCCUGGAGGGAUGACAGGACUUUAGCAGACAUGGAGACAGGAGAGACACACAAACGGAUGAAAACGCCAUAUUUACAUUCUCAUCAUUAAAUCCACUCAGGAUAAAUGCCUAUUUUUAUAUAUCUUGUUAUUUAGAGCUCUUUUUGUUAGAUAUUGUAAAGCCAUACAGCCGUCACAAUGAGUUCCGAGGGCUUUCAGUACCAAGCGCUAUACGACUACAAGAAGGAGAGGGAGGAGGACAUCGACCUUCAUGUUGGAGACAUGCUGCUGGUCAGUAAAGGAGCGCUGCUGGCGCUAGGCUGCAGCAACGGAGCUGAAGAGCGACCUUCAGAGAUCGGCUGGCUGCCAGGCUUCAACGAGACCACGCAGGAGAAAGGCGACUUCCCUGGAACUUAUGUGGAGUUUAUUGGCAGAAAGAGGAUGUCCCCGCCCACACCGAAGCCCCGCCCACCCAGGCCACCAUCAGCAGCGUCUGUGAGGACUGACUCUGAGUCAGAGGGCUUUGUGUUGCCGGACCUCCCUGAGCAGUUCGGCCCCCCGGACACAUCCCCCCCCCUCUUGAACAGACUGAUGGAAGCCAUAGAGACCAAAGGUGUGGACAGCCUCGGUGUGUAUCGCAAUCUGACUGGAGCGGGACCGGACACCCGGCAGCUGGCCGACACUGACCUGGAGCAGCUGGAGGUGUCCUCCCUGUGUGACGGGGUGUUCCGGUUCCUUCAGGAUCUGCCCGGGCCCGUCCUCCCCUCCUCGCUGCAGGCUGAAAUGAUUCAAGCAGUGCAAGAGGUGCGGGACCUUGAGGAGUGCGCCCAGGUGCUGCGGGGGGUGUCCAGCUCGCCGACCUGCCCCGCCCAGUACGGCCUGACGCUGCUCAGUGUGGUCCGACACCUCGCCCGCCUCUGUCUGCACGGCUCCAGGAACCAGCUGAGCCCCCGGAGCCUAGCCGAGAGCUUCAGCCCCCCGCUGUUCAGACAGGCUGCAGGGUCUGACUCCAGUUUGGAUCCUCUGGUUCAGGUCCUGGAGGUUCUGAUAACCAGCGAGCUCAACAUGAUCCAGGCUGCACCAGCGUUGCCUCCCAAACCGGUGAAGCCAGUGGCUCCAGCUGCUGCAUGUAGUUUCAACAACAGCAUCUCCCUGCAGGACGCAGAGUGGUACUGGGGAGACAUCUCCAGAGAGGAGGUGAAUGAGAAGCUGAGAGACACCGCUGACGGAACUUUCCUGGUGCGAGACGCCUCCACUAAGAUGCAUGGAGAUUACACUCUGACUCUGAGGAAAGGAGGCAACAACAAGCUGAUAAAGAUUUUCCACCGAGAGGGAAAGUACGGCUUCUCCGAUCCUUUAACCUUCAGUUCCGUGGUGGAGCUCAUCAACCAUUACCGCCACGAAUCCCUCGCGCAGUACAACCCUAAACUGGACGUCAAGCUGCUGUACCCGGUGUCCAAACACCAGCAGGACCAAGUGGUGAAGGAGGACAGUAUUGAAGCUGUAGGGAAGAAGCUCCACGAAUAUCACCUGCAGUACCAGGAGAAGAACCGGGAGUACGACAGACUGUAUGAGGAGUACACCAGAACCUCACAGGAGAUCCAGAUGAAGAGGACGGCCAUCGAGGCGUUUAACGAGACCAUAAAGAUCUUCGAGGAGCAGUGUCAGACUCAGGAGCGCUUCAGCAAAGAGUACAUCGAGAAGUUUCGCCGAGAGGGCAACGACAAGGAGAUCCAGAGGAUCAUGGAGAACUACGAUAAGCUGAAGUCUCGGAUCAGUGAGAUCGUGGACAGUAAGCGUCACCUGGAAGUGGACCUGAAGAAACAGGCUGCCGACUACAGAGAGAUCGACAAGAAGAUGAACAGCAUCAAACCAGACCUGAUCCAGCUCCGCAAGACCAGGGACCAGUACCUCAUGUGGUUGACCCAGAAGGGUGUUCGUCAGAGGAAACUCAACGAGUGGCUGGGCCUGAAGAACGAAACAACCGAGGAUGAGUACAGCAUGGUGGAGGAUGAGGAGGAUCUUCCUCACCAUGACGAACAUCUAUGGCGUCUCGGAAACAUCAACCGCAUCCAGGCCGAGUCUCUGCUGCGCGGGAAGAGAGACGGAACCUUCCUGGUCCGAGACAGCAGCAAGCCGGGCUGCUACGCUUGCUCUGUGGUGGUGGAGGGCGAGGUGAAGCACUGCGUCAUCAACAAGACGAGCACCGGCUUUGGUUUCGCGGAGCCCUACAACCUGUACGGCUCUCUGAAGGAGCUGGUGCUGCACUACCAGCACACCUCGCUGGUCCAACACAACGACUCGCUCAACGUCACGCUGGCCUUCCCCGUCUACAGCCAGCAGAGACGGUGACCCAUCUGCUUUACUCUUCAUCCACACGUCAUCAUAGCUGCAAAACCAGAACCUGACCACAUGACGCGUUUACCGCUUGGCACAACAGCGUCCUGGUGCUGCACAUCUCAGUGGGCCAAUGAAUGUGUACAAUCCAGUACACUUAGGAUGAAGCUUUGUGUGAAGUGAAAUGCUUUGUUACAUCCUGUAGGAAUGGAUAACAAUUUAAAAGUUAUAUUUUACUGUGAAAGUCAUCAAUUACAGCUUUAUCUUCAUGAGGAAUAAGACUUCAGGACACCAGGUAUCUCCCUUAAAUUAACAAAAGCACUUUGAUUACUUUAAUGAUUUGGUGCCGGAGAUCAACAUUAAAUGCAAUUUACUCAUCAGAAAUGACAGACUUGAGGUCGGGAUCACGUGGGAAAUCAGUUGAGGGGCGUUGGAGUAAAAGAAAGACGUUCAUCAAUGCUCUCUGUCAUCCAAAUCUAAGAAAACAUAGUUUAAUUAAUGAAAAUGAUCAAAUUUAAUGAAGUUCUUCUUAGGUAUCGCUUUAAAGUGGCUACAGACAACUUUUCUGCUCUUAGACUUUUAAGACCGUUUUGACCUAGGAGCGCAGACCUUGGUGCUAUUAUGAUGGUGCUGAAAGAAAAUGCCCUUAGUAAUAAUCAGAAGGCAGUUUUGCUUCACACUUAUCUAGUAAAAUGCAAAUUUAAACAUCUCGGGUGUUGGAGCUCUCUCCAUCUACUUUAACUAAGUUUUUUAUCCCUCUUCACCUCCUUCAUCAUUGAGACUUUAUUUUAUCCUAAAGUUUCUUCAGGUGUAACAACGUCCAGCACUUGUGCUACCUUGGGAUCUUUACUUUUGAAACUUGGGAACGUCACAGGAGAAACAAAAUUGGGAUCUUCCUGUUCAGUUUCCCAGUGGCAGACAGUUACGAGGUGAAAGCGCGGCUGACAUGGAAACAAUCCAAACGCAGGUGGUUGUUAUUCUAUAUUAAAUAUUUUGAGCAAUCAACGUUUCCUCCAUAAUGAUACCUUAACGUGGGAAAACAAUUGUCUAUUGCUACUUUAAUGCAACCUAAGCCCAAGUACUUUCAGUUAUUGAAUGAAGCAAACACCUGAGAGGCGAGACGGAGGAAGGCCGUUCAGGUUAACCUACCUAAAGAACUUGAACGCUUCAUCGGAAACACCCUGUGUGAUCACGACCUCGAUGUAAGUCGAUUCGGCCAACGUGCCCCGUUUCCUGUCCGAGGAGAGAAGAUAAACUGAAGAGCCAAAGGUGACCUUGUUUUGUUGGAGCUGAAUCAGACUAAAGCUGAACUCCUCCUUUAAUUGUUACAGUGGCCCUGCACGUUUCAACAGAACAGAACCAAAUCUACGGACUGAUGAUGUCAAAGACAAAAAUGGCAGACAAUCGAGAGACGUUUCUUGCGUAAACACUGUGAGUGACUCUGGACAAGGUUAAACAUGAGCAAAUCAGAAGAAAAUAAACAGGAAACCUGCAUCAUUCAAAGACUCAACCCUCCCCCCAUAAUCCCAUCACUGUUUUUCAAGCUCUCGUUUCUUCAGGUGAGUUGGUUUGCCACCUAAGUAAGUGUUGUUUAAGUUUGCUGACCUGGACGGAGGAUUCUUCAAUUCUUUCAUUUCAAUAAACGUCCGUCAGCACAAAGAUUUACUCGUGCUGGAUAAAAACUGUGAUUAAAAAAGUUCAGGAAUGACGGAACUGGAUCUCUGGAUCUUCUCAAAGGAAUUUCAUCUUAAGUUUCAAGGACAGAAGCGCAGCCUGUAAACAUCACUAACCGCGGAUAUCUGAUUCCUGAUGUUUUCUCUAUGGAUUUUAUGUUUUCUUCUUUGUGCAUUUGGACACAUGGCUUUCUUAAAAACCAGGUACAGGAGAUACAACUCUCCAAGGAUUUUGAAGAAGCCCCAAGUAUUACUUAUUUUUUCCACAACUUGCAUUUAUUUUUGGAAAUCAAUACAUGGUUUCACAUUUGUUUGGAAAUGUCCAGAACUUUUCAAGCUCUUAUUUGACUUAUUCCACAGAAGUCCUGUUUUUUCAUUUUGACAUUGAAACCAAACUAGUGAACGCAAACAAGAAUCUGUAAUAUGAGACGAUAAGAAGUCGUAAAAAGUUAAUUAAGAAUUGUGAUGAAUAAAAUGAUUGGUCUGAAUGUUGAAGGCUAUUGGAGAAACUUUUGUCUCUGCUUAGUUUGAAACAAAAUCUGUAGAUAAAAAUAAUAUUCAUCA